AUGAACCUGACAGAGUUUAACUGGUCUGAUCGCUGUGAGCAUUUCUCCUGUCCAGAGAGAUCUGUAUCUCCUGCAGUUUAUAUCUUACUGUACGUGUGUUUAGCUCCUGUGGUUCUGCUAACAGUGUGUGGAAAUAUGCUCGUCAUUAUCUCUGUUUUUCACUUUAAGCAGCUUCAUACCCCGACUAACAUGCUUGUGCUCUCUCUGGCUGUGUCUGAUUUCCUCAUUGGUGGUUUAGUGAUGCUGCCAACAAUUAUCUGGACAAUCGAGUCAUGUUGGAUAUUCGAUAGGAGUUACUGCAUCUGUUGGAUAAUUACUUCUUUUUUUCUUGGUAACCUGUCCAUCUAUAAUAUCGCUCUCAUUGCUGUGGAUCGGUAUUUGGCUCUCUCAAACCCAUUCUUCUACACAAACAAAAUCUCUACAAGGACCAUGUGCAUUGUGAUUUAUUUUCAUUGGUGUUUGAGUCUGGCUUAUGUCAUAGCAUUCUUUUGUGCCAAUGAAACACUCAUGAGUUCUGUUAUGUGUCCUGGACAGUGCUUUUACUAUCUGAAUGUUUGGUCUGUAAUUGAUCUUGUACAUUCAUUUAUAUUUCCACUUUCUGUCAUAAUCAUAAUGUAUACUCGGGUUUUUAUGAUUGCUAAGAAACAUGCCACUGCUAUCAGAGAGCUUAAUAAUCACACACAGUCUAAAACACGGAAAAUCACCUUACAGUCAAUGAAAUCUGAGAGAAAAGCAGCUAAAGUCCUCGGAAUUUUAGUGUCUGUGUUUCUGGUGUGUUUACUUCCAUAUUUUAUUUACAAUUUAUUAGGUGGUGUUAUUCAAGUGAAGUUGGACACAUUUCAAAAACUUUUAAUUGUGCUUUACCUUAAUUCCACAAUCAAUCCAAUAAUUUAUGCCCUGUUUUACCCAUGGUUUAGGAGGUGCAUUAAAUUGAUAAUAACUUUGAAAAUAUCCCAAUCAGACUCAGCAUUGAUUAAUGUUCUUUUAUGA